AUGUGGAGCCCAGAGGAGCACAUCUACAAGACUGAAGGUGAGAGCUAUCAGGUGAAAGAAGAGCCAGGGCUGUACAUCAAACCUGAGCCCGAGGAGGUUCCUCUGCACAUCGUCACUGUCAAAAAAGAAGACGACGACGACAAGUCCUCUGUGCGUCAUCUAACUGCAGCUCACGAGAACACGCAGGGAAUAAAGGCAGAGGACGAGUCUCCUGACGCCGAUCGCUCAGACUCUUAUCAGAAAUUGCAGGAGAGAAGUGAUGUCACAUGUUCUCCAGACGACUCUGCUGGAGUCCAGGCGGCUCACAGCAACUCGGAGACUUCCCCAAAGCCACACGUUUGCUCUGUUUGUGAGAAAAGUUUAAAAGACGAAGCCGCCCUGAGGUUACACCUGGUGGCCCACGUGGAGCAGUCUUCAAACACGCUUUUGAAACUUUACAGCUGCCCUCUUUGCGAAGCCGAGUUCCGGAACAGUUACCAGUUUGUAAAGCACAAACACAUUAUCUGCCCGCUCUGCCAAAAACCCUUCUCCAACAAAGGCAAGCUGUACAGCCACUUGAAGACGCACGUGGACGUGAAGAACCUGGAGCACUUCCUGAAGCCGCACCACUGCUCGGUCUGUGAGCGGCGUUUCGAGAGCGUGUCGGAGCUGCAGCGGCACCUGUGCGCACGCCCUCGCAUCUACAAAUGUGACCUCUGCAGGAGGUGCUUCAAGGACCAGGCGGCGCUGAAAGAGCACCUUCUGCGGCGGGUGUGCGUGAGGCCACACACCUGUCAGGUCUGCGGGAAGGAGCACAGCAGCCACUCGUUACUACAGCGACACGUGAUGUACCACUCGGGGGAGAGGCCCUUCUCCUGUGCGCUCUGCACCAAGCGCUUCAUCAGCCAAGACGAGCUCAACAAACACACGUCCCAAGCACAUCCGCCCUGCGCUUUUGUAAUCCUAAAGAUAUGA